AUGAAAGUGCCCGACGUUCACUAUCAUUUGGAGAUAUCUGUGACCAAUCCUGUGGUAGAACAUGAGGGAUCGGCUUCAUUUACCAUAUACCAUAUCAACAUUGAAACGAAUAACCCUAGAUUGACCAAAAGUAAAUAUACUGUUGUGCGUCGUUACUCUGAUUUCGACAUCUUGCAUCAAUGCUUAUCAUUUGAUCACCCCACAUUAUUGAUACCUCCAUUACCUAAUAAGCAGCGGUUGGAGUACAUCAAGGGCGGACGCUUCACUGACGAGUUUGUAUCUAAACGUUGCAACUCCUUAGAGAUAUUUAUCAAUAGAGUGAUCAAGCAUCCUGUCCUUUUAAAAAGCGAGGUUCUUAUGAUUUUUCUCGAAGAUAGCGACUAUUGGAGUACGUACAAGUCCAAUUUGCAUUUGAAUGAGUCCAACUCAAUUGUGCAUACAAAUCCUAGUGUUGAAGGAGUGACAGAUUUCUUGAUGAACUCUUUUAAAAAACCUCACGUCGAAAGUAAAUACAGCAAAAACUUCAAAGAGAUUGAACAUCAAAGAUUAAAUUUACAAGAUAACUUGAACAAAGUGGAUAGAAUAUACUCUAAAGUGGUGAAUAAACAGGACAGUAUAUCGAGAGAGUUGAACUCCUUUGGUGACGAGUUCAACAAAUUGACCAUUUUGUUAAAUAACGACUUCAAUGGAAAAUACCGAGAAGAAAAUCAACUUGAUGAUGAAACGAAAGUUCUGGUCAAUGAGUUUAGGACGUUUUCAGAGAAUUUGAAAAAAUCAGGGAGCUACUAUAAUGAUUUGAAUCAGUUUAUAGAGUUCAAGUAUUUGAACAAUUUGAAAGAUUUGGAGCACUACUUGAUUGCUUUAGGAAAUUUGAUAAAGCUAAAGGAUUACAAAGUUCUGGACUAUGAGAUGUUGAAUAACUACUUGGAAAAAGCUACUGCUGAGAGGGAAAACUUGAUACGUGGAGGAUCAUUGACAUCUACGACAGAGGGUACUAUAUCUUUUUUGAGUAGAAAACUUGAAUCGCUAACCGGGUUAAGAGGCUCAUCUUUACUGCCCUCCUCAGCCUCGAUAGAGAAGCUUAAUUCUAGAAUUUCAUUGUUGGAGAGGGAAAAGGUUCAGGCGAAGCAAGUCUACGAGCAAUUUGAAAAAGACUUGGUUGAUGAAUGGUCACAAUUCCAGAAAGUCAAAGAUGACGAAAUAUCUCAAUCCCUGAACGAAUUAAGUGAAGAGUAUACCAGACUGUAUUCAAAAUCUUAUGAAGAUUGGAAUGCUUUUAAACUCAACAAGGAAGGGAUAAAGUUACAAAACAAGUUGGAUGAUGACGCAAGGAGUAAAUAUUUUUCAGCUAAUGCUGUUAUCAAAAAUGACGAAGAAAUCAAAGAAUUACUACAUGAAAUGAAAAUAUGA